AUGGGCGACUCUAAGCCAAGUUCGAGCUCUGGCAGCAGCAGGGCGUUCGGCAGAACUCGCGCCGUCCUUAAAAGUGAUUUAAACUUAAAUCUCUUUAGCGGACACACUGAGGCAGCAUAUCCUCCUUGGUGGACGAACAAAGGAUUUCUGAACUGGUUCCGCAAUCUUCCUGAAGACACGCUAUGGAACUGCUACAUCUGCGUGUUGGUCUUGGUCGAACUCGGGAGGGUCGCAGCCAAUCCCACCUGUGGCUGGUUCGUCAAUACCAUAGAACUCUUCCUUAACAUCUCUUACGCGGUCCACGUCCUCGCUAUAGGAUACAGAUUGGGCACAGAACUGGAAGAUAGUGAUUACGUGCUUUGGAAUUUUGUCGGAUUGUUUAUAGACACAUUUUCAUAUGUGCACUACGCCACUAGUAAUUACUAUUUGAAAAUAUUAUGUUACUACGUGCGCCUUCAUAGACCCCUGGGAUACUUGUGGUCCUUAAACGAUUACAAUUUAAAAGGCAGCGUUCUUGGAACAACCCUAAAGUAUUGUUACAUAUUUAUGGUAUUAAGAAUCACAUGGGCUUGGAUCUGGUUGCAUAUAAAUAUGAGUGAUGUCAAUGAGGAUAAAGGCGAAUGUGAUGAAACCAUCUUAGAGAUCAGAAAAACUAUUUGCUACGUCAGCUUUCAAUGUAAUUACGUUUUCUUCAAGUUGCAAGAAGAGUUCUCUCCCCUCCCGCGUCCAGUUCGCCGGAAGGGUGUGCAGAUCGUGUCCAAGGACUCCAAUGAAAGUGAUGCGAGCAAGUUAAUCAGCUCCCUGUACAUCGUCAACAAGAUGUUCAUACCUAUUGGAAUGCCUGUCCCACCUCAAAACGAUAUCGAGCGCAUCACCUGCUUGUUGGUGAUCAUAUCUGGAUGCAUUGUGGUCACUGGUGCCGCUGUGGCUUCCCUUUCCCUGGUGAUAAGCCUCUACAUGAGUCCUGAAGAAACUUUUCGGUCUAGAUACAAGCUGAUUAUAGAGGAUAUGAAAGACUCCCACGUGCCAGACAGCUUGAGGGCGAAAGUCCAGAAGUUUUACCGCAUGUACUGGCAUAAGCAGCGCGCCGUCUCAGCCACUAAACUGCUCCCCACUUUCCCUCCAACACUACCAGCUAUCGUUAAUUUAGAUAUCUACUUUGAAGCUACACAGAAGUCUCGGAUCCUCAGAGACCUCUCGUAUCAGUUCCUAUCAGAGUUGGCGAAAAGAGUGGAGACUAUACACUAUAUACCUGGAGAUGCAAUCAUCAAACGUAACGAAAGAAAGUCUGCAUUUAUUUACAUCACUUACGGAGAUAUUGAGAUGUUAACAGCAGAAGAUGACGUCACCGCAAUACUUAGGUUUACCCGCGGCACAGUUUUGAAUCCUUGCGGUGGAGCAGUGGCUGCAGCAGCCUGCAAAUCACAUCUUAGAGUCAGAGCCGCCACAUUCUGCACCGCUCACGUGUUGAAUGCAGCCGACCUAUGGCGAGUUGUGCUGAAGUACUCGGCUCACCAGAACCACGGGAAACCUAUAAAUUCUGCUUUUAAAGAACACAUAAACAGAGUAAAACGCCAUUACGCUAUGAAGAUUCCCCGCGAAGCCGUGCAUAAAAGUAGCAUCCUCCAUUUCAACCGUAACCUAUUAGCGCUGAAGGAGAUGAAGGAUGCCAAAGGCAACUCACUCUUAGCCAACCCUGAUGUGUUUCUGGAAAUUGCCAACUGUUACAUCAUGAGGAAUAGGUUGGAAUCCACGCUGACAGAUGAGUCAGAUGAGAUAUGUCUGAGGCAGACGUUCCCUUGUAUUGUCCGGCCGUGGUCCUCAUUGCUGCUGGCCUGGCAUUCAGCAGUAUCUGUUCUCAUCGUCUGUAUUUGUAUUAUUUAUCCUUACAACCUGGUGUACAAGAAAGAAGUGGACUUGUCAUUUACGUUCUUCGAAUAUAUAAACACUUUGAUCUUUGUCGUCGAUCAUAUUGUGCGUCUUUCGACUGGUGCUCAUGUCGAAGAAGGUGUUCCAAUAACAUUUGCGCAAACAUCAUCACAGCAGAUGCGAAGUAAAUGGUUUGUGUUGGACUUGGUGGGCACCUUGCCCAUAUUUGAAAUAAUUGGCGAUGGGCAUUUUGGUGGCAUCAACAAAAUACUAAGACUACCGAAGGUGUUUCGUGUGCUAAAUGUGAUAGAAGAGAAAUGCGUGUACCACAGAAACUUGCUGCGAUUCUGUUCGUAUACGCUUCUACUGCUGAUAGCCUGCUACCUCAUUGCGGCAAUGCAACAGGCCUUCAUGUGUUUCCAGUCCGGCUACUGCUUGGUGACAAACUUUACACAUAGCCCCUAUUGGGAAAAGAAAGAACUUGACGAGGAAACCGUUCCCGCCAGGAUCACUUUUGGCCUGUACUGGGCAAUUUCAAUGAUUAUGUUUACAACUCAUAUUGAGACAUGGGGCAAGGACGACAUGAGCAAUGUUAUGUACACUAUUAUCAUUAUCGAGGUCUGUAUUGUACUGCGCACUUUCAUGGAAGCUGUCUACUCUGCCACCAUUAUGGUCACUACGGCUUUGAGAGAGGACUAUGACGCUCGCAUAGCCACAGUGAAGCACUUCCUUAUAAGGAAUGACGUGGACCCAGAGCUACGAAAAAGAUUUAUUACGUAUCUACAGCUCUGCUGGUAUACGGAUAAGGCUUACAAGAUGACACACAAACAAAACGCUUCUAUCUUCUACGACUUGCCUGGCCACGUGUAUCAAGACAUUGUUGGAAGGCAUCGAUUGAAGUACGUGCUCUCAAUACGUCUCUUGAAGCUGACGACCGGCGCCAUCUUCCCGGGUGUGAAAUAUCCUACCAGGCAUGCGCCUGUGUCUCGUCCGGCUCCAUACUGGGUAUAUGCAGAAGAAGAAGAAGGUUUGCACGCCAUGAACACCUUUCUCGUCCGUGUCAAGCAAUUGCUUGUGCUAAAUAGAACUAGAACAGAUGAUGUUACUGGUGCUUUGCAAACGCUAUCCUCCCUCAUCACCCCUCCUCCACUACUUCCACUAGGCUAUAUGCUUAAAACUGAAGAAUUAACGAUUUUGGCAUCGCACGCCCAUCUGUUCUAUACAUCCCCUAAUGAGAUUCUGAUGAACACCGGAGACCUUGUCAACGAAAUAUACGUAAUUGUCAAAGGAAUCUGUGAGGUAAUUAGUCCUAAGACUCGUAAUACAAUAUGCCACUUGACGGCUAACCAUCACUUUGGAGUUGCCAUGUGUUUAUUACGGUUACCAGCGUACUACACAGUUCGUGCUGUCACUCACGUGCAAAUAUUUUGUAUCUCCAAGCGACACUUGAAGCCGGUAUUUGAAAACCCGCAGAUUAAAGAGGCCCUGGAAUAUGUUAAGACAACACCGGAGUACACCCUAAUGCAGCAACGACAACCGUCUUUCCUUACGUACGUCCCCCUACCUCCCACUCCAAACUUGGAACGUUUCAAGUUACCCAGAAAAUACGAACCGGAUUACGAGUUUCUUCACCCUUUCAAGAAUCUGGGCUUUUUCGCCAUAUUACGAUAUAUAUUCCCACGGUUCACAAUACGUCCAGACGGCAAAUACCUGAUGCGCUACGAGUGGCUCCGAGUAUCCUGCGCCCUGAUGUCAUCCAUUGUUUUCCCAAACUAUACCUACUUAGUACUGCAGUGGCCCUGGUUGUACUAUUUCACCCUGUUGCUGGAUCUAACGGCUGUGUUUGACAUUUUCCAGCGUAUGCUAGUGGGUUACUACAACGAAGACGGAAUCUUAAUAUACCAUCCUUCAAGCACGGCUGCUUAUUACAUGAAGGGACCUUUCAUUACCGAUCUCUUUGGAUGUCUACCGCUGGAAAAACUGGAGGCAGAAACCGUUCAUUUCGAUGCGAACAUGUACCAAGUAACUCCAGUGGAACAGUUCCUAAUGAUGAACCGGCUUGUGCAGCUGUACCGGUUCCCGUGCAUCAUGCAGUCGUUACGGAAUUACAUUGAGAGGCGAGAUAUACUCAUGGUGAUCAACGCAGUGCCUCUUUUCAUAUCAAUGUUUAACAUUUUGACCUGCCUGAUGAUAUUCAAUUCGGUGAAGAUAUUUUUCUUUAAAAAUGACUAUGGGAUAACUGGGUGGUUAUUAGAGCCAUUUAAAGACCCUGGAGGAUCCUGGAUAGAUCAUUUCAGCUCUACAUUUCGCUUCAACUUGAUAUCUUCUCCUUUCAACCUGUACUUGGCCACGCACUUCUGGGUCGUAUAUGAGACGACGACCACGGGCUACGGCAAGUUCAAGCCAAGCAACCAAGCCCUAAUGCAAAUUCUGUUUCUUGGAAUGACUAUGUGUGGUAUGAUCAUCACAUAUUUCUCGGUGCGCAUCAUCAGUAUAAGGUCCAACGUAAACAAGGCACACGCUGGUUUCCAGCAGCACAUGAGGGACAUCAUCGCGUACAUGAAAAAAGAGAAUUUAGAUCCAGAGUUACAAAAGGAAUUACGAUUGUACUACGAGUACAACUGGGAGAAGAUGGGUGGUAUCGACUACCGGGGUGUGCUGAAGCUCUGUGAACAGCUAACUCUCCGUUCCGAUGCUAUCCUACAUAUAUACGGACCUACAUUUGCCAAGUGUCCUCUACUCGCCCAGUGUGAUAUAUCUCUCCUCCGAAUGAUUGGACGUUCAGUCCGCAGCGUAUACUUCCUUCGGGAUAUGAAGAUUAUAGAAUACGAUGAUGUGGUGAACAGUGUGUACUUCGUUGACUAUGGAGGGGUGGAGUCGAGGGUGUCUAUCGGGAUAAUGAGCCAGGCUGUGCGAUUACCUAGGGGCAGUUUGUUCGGCAACUUAGAAGCGAUGCCUGCGCAACGGGUGCCUAUGACCAUCGUAGCAACCAGCCGACUUCACCUUCUAAAGAUUAACUCGCAAGCUUUCUAUCAAAUCAUUAACGAGUUUCCAACCACAAAGGCACUCUUGGAAUUAGCCCGAAUGACGGAUAAUCAGCAUUAUAUCCUGGGAAAUAUAGAAGAUUUCAAGGUGAAGCUGGAUCGGGGCCGUGACACCAUAACUCCUCCUCCUCCGACCACCAGGAGGGACAUCAUCAAGUACAUUUACUUCCAAGAGGGACUUGUUUUGUUGUACCUUAUAUUGGUCAGCUUGAUAUGUAUAUUUAUGGACCUAUAUAAUGCUGGAUACCAGGACAACAGAGCGUGGCUGAUUCUGACAUUGUAUAUCUUAGACAUGUGUUUCUUUCUCAAAAUCUUGAUGCAGUUUGCAUUGCCGCUGCUUGUCACAAAGCGACGCUUCAAAACCUUGCUUCUCCCAUUGCGAAGAAUGUAUUUCAAACGCGAGUUCAAGUACGACAUGAUGUCUUGCGUGCCAAUAGAGCUCUUCGCAUUCCACGUCGAGGAGAACCGGUGGCUCUGGUUCUCUUGGCUGAGAAUCAACAGGAUGUUUAGAAUUGUAACAGUGAACAAAUGCUUAAAACGCCGAAACGAACGUAUAACGGUAAACCUCAUCGCGAGCACCAUAUUAACAGUGACUAUCUGGUUCAGCCUCUUCGUCCACGCCUCCACCUGCAUCUGGUACUUCAUUGGAAGGUUGGAGGAACAGAAGGAGUACAAAUCUUCAUGGAUUUAUACCGAUGAGGGUCUCAGUUGGUGCAGAAACGAGUAUAUUUGCUCUCUCUACUUCGUGAUCACCACAUUCACGCAAAAUGGAGUAGGUGAUAUUAUGCCAAAGAAGCAAUCUGAAGUAAUAUUCGUGACGAUUCUGAUGAUCAUAUCUACACUUGUGUUCAUGAUGUACGUCGGCGAGUUCUCCAAGCUAAUCCAAUAUCAAUCGUUUAGAUCCUUCAGUUUCUACAGCCAAUAUUUGGAGCUUCAGCACAAUAUAUUCAAGGAAUGCGACCCGGCAUUCCUAAGGCAGUUGGUUGGCUGUCUCCGAUUGUACCAUUACAAUGAAAACAUGUACGUGGUGAAGGAGGGUGAUAUUACAGAUGCCAUGUACUUCAUCCACACGGGGAAAGUGCAAGAAAUCGCUGCGGAGUUGGAGAAAGCUCCGAUUUCAAAAGUUUAUCUCGCAAAAUCCUGCUUCGGAAUAGGAUUAGUGCGUGACACGCCUUACACUUAUUCGUACCAAACUACGAACAAGUCGCAAGUUCUCACCCUACACCUAGACGAUUGGGAGUACCUACUUGCCCACUUCCCCGAAAGUAAAUCAUCCAUACAUAAGCUUAUGAAACAAGGUCCUGGAAAAGAUGUGGAUAGCAGUAAAUGGCCAGGCGGCAAAGACUCUGAACCUCCCCCGGAAACGGAAACAGAAAAGGACACAGGUGUAUCCAAUUUACCCAAUUUUUUCCCUUACGAUAAUAGACGCAUGUUUGAAGCGGGACCUUCAGGACAAAAUGCACGUCAAAAUUCAACGGAAUCCAGUUCUUCAUAUUUAUCAAAAGAUAUGCCGAACACUGAUGAGGCUAAAACGCGUAAAUCUAUUCGUAGAAUGACUACAGAAAGUUUAACUCCCAGCCUCCUCGGUGGUCCAAACGAAGACAAGACAACAAGCGUGCUAGUUCCUGAAUCAAACGAGUUCAAGAGCAAGGAAAAGCAUUAUGUUGGAAUACUAAAAACAAUUUCGAACAUUUUAAAAAAGUUAAUGGGUAGGUAUUCUGGUAUGGACCUAACUCGGGAAGAGACGGAGGCAGAAGAGGAAGCGACACAGGCUCUUUUAAAGCAAUUAGAUGAGGCCAGACGGUUGAUAGGAGAAAUGGAAAAGAAAAAUCGAUAUAGAUCUAAUAAACGGGUAAACACAUUUCCAAAAGAAGAAGAAGAAGAAGAAGACACUGAAAAAUAUGUAAUCUCUCUAGAUAAAAGUAGCUUUAUUGAAGAUUCAACAGAAGAACCUCACUCUGCAACAUUAUUGCCGAGACCGCUUCAAAUUCGGGAUGAACAAGCACACACUAUCACUCAUAAAAACAUAGAGUCAUCAGAAAGUUCUCAGAUGACAAACCUUUCUCGAGAUGUUAAUGCUACCCCGAGUAUCGGCACCUCUCUUGACAUUGAUAGUAAGCCCAAAGAUGAAAACGAUGAUAACAUCACAUCGAUAGACAAGUCAGAAACAAAAGAAAAUACUCAAAUUGUUCACAAUUUUGAAGAAUUGGAAAAGCAAUUAAACCCUAAUAUUCAAGAAACAGAUAAUAGUAAAGUUGAUGAAAAGGUUGAGGAGCUACCAUAUCAAGUUUCUUCAUAUAUUGCAGAAGCUGCGCCAGAUUGGAUGACUGAAGUAAUACAAGAAAAUGAUGCCGAUAUUGAAGACAUACCAGACAAAUCCAAAGAAGGUCUCAAAGAGGAUGCAAGUAGUCAAAACAAUUUAAAUAUGCCAGUCAGUUCUGAACCUGAAAAUAAUACAAUCCGUAAUUCACAAAUUCGCACAUCGUCGCACAGUCAAGUUACACAGGAAACUGAUGCUGAUAUUGAACCUUUGCCAAUAAGUGAACCAGUAUAUGACAAAGAUGUUAAUAAUAGUAAUGAAAAAUUAAACAAUAAAUCAUCAAUAGAUCAAGACAAGGUACAAAAUAUAACUCUAACUGACAGGAAAUCGCUAGAAAAUCAGCGCCUUUCCGACGGAACUUUUCAAGACAGACGUAAGCCGCAUUCACGAACAAGCAUGCAAGAGACAGAGGACGCUGAUAUUGCAAUGAUACCGACUAUAAUAAACAGCCAAUCUGACGUAGGUGAAUCCCACCAGCAGCAAUUUCAAAUUACUGAAAUUGAAACGGUCCCCGACGCUGAUAUACCACAAGAGGAACUUAAAGUUCCUAGUGAAGAAUUACCCCUUACUAACAAAUAUGCAAAUAACAAUUUACGACCUGUUUCUUCUAAAGUUAUAUCAUCUGAAGUUGACGAGGUUACUCGCAUUUCAUCAACCACUAAUACCGCAAAUGACGAUGAAAACGCUGAAAUUCCAAGCACAUCAAAGGAUACGUCCACGUCUAAACUAAAAAGGAGAAAACCGUUUGUACCAAUCAAGUACGAUGAUGAAAAACCUACUUCAUCUAAGACCGUUAGUGAAAAUAACGAUGAAGAUACUGAGGAAACAGCUAAAAGUGAAGCUAAAAAUGCCCUCAGUUCAGGGAGCGAUCUGAUUUCUUCAAAUCCAAAGGACAAAGAAAGUAAAAAUGAGCCUAGAUCUUAG